AUGACGAAUGGCUCAAGAUCUCACAUAUUCAGCCUGCUGAGUGACGAGGUGCUUGUGCACUUUUUAUACGCUCGAGGCGUGUCCGUGCCAAGCGAUGCAAGUCACGACGUAUUGGUCGCGCUAGCCGACGAAAAUGCUGACCUCCCUAUUGUACCGGCACCGUUGACCCCGGCGACUGUAUUUGGCGUCCUCACGCUGGCUCACUUGAACUUCUUUCUGCGGAAGAAGCACGGCGAAGCCGUCAAUGCAAAUGCGGCAUGGACGAUUGCUGCGCCUCCGAAGCUAGCGAGGAUCAAGAUCGAAGCCUUACGGCAGUAUGCGACACAGGAGAUCUACCAGAAGCAAAUUGCCGGGCAAGACGAGGCGCUGAGCCAGUUCGGCCAGGACAUUGCCGACACGUGGAAGCAAAAGAUCGAGCUGCAGGCCGGCGCAGAGCCCAGUCUCUUCGGACCACAUCCGGCAGAGGAUGAUAUUGAUGUGCUGUACGAAGAUCUCGGACUGCUUAGGGACAGGACCAAGGAUCGGCAGCGGUCGCUGGAGAAAUUAGGCAUGGUGCUGGACUUGCUGCGGACAGGGAAAAGGUAG